AUGAAGGUUGCCUUCCCCUCUCUUUUUUCCGCCACUACUUCUCUUCGAUCUCGAAUCCCGAGCCAGACUCGACGUCUUUUCCCCGCAAGCUUCUCCUUCCUUCGCACCAACCCCUCCUUCCACGCCACUUCCGCCGCCGGGCGCGUCGCGAUCUCGACCUCGACACCUCCCUAUAAGAAGCUCCGCUCUCGUAUACACGUACAAGCACGUUCACUCGCGACAAUGGGUGCCCAAGGAGGAGUGGAAGAGCUGGCCAAGCAGGUCGACGGGCUGUCCCUCGACGCUGUCACGGCCAAGUACCCCGCCUCCCACCCCGAGAUCAACCCCCUCGACCUCUACAGAGCCCACAUCAGCAAUGUAAUCAGCAGCAUCUCAGGCAUCGCCCCUGAGAUUGUCUACCCGGCCGUCGGCUGGACACAGUCGCUCGACAAGGGCGACUUCUCGGUGGCCACACCCGCGCUCAGGGUCAAGGGUACCAAGCCUGACGUCCUCGCGCAAGAGCUGGCCGAGAAGUUUCCCGAUAACGACCCUCUCGUCUACAAGCCUAGCGUCACCAACUACUUUUUGUCAUUUUUCAUCAAAGGCGAGCCCGCCAUGAAGUCCAUCAUCCCCAUGAUCCGAGGGCUCGGCGAAGAGUUCGGUCGCAACAAGUUCAACGGUCUCAGGGACCCCAAAGACCCGAGCAAGGGCAAGAAGCGAAUGAUUGUCGAGUUCAGCUCUCCCAACAUUGCCAAGCCCUUCCACGCUGGUCACCUACGAUCAACAAUCAUUGGUGGUUUCCUGUCAAAUCUCUACGAAGGCGCCGGCUGGGAAGUCAUCCGGAUGAACUACCUCGGCGACUGGGGUAAACAGUAUGGCCUCUUGGCCCUCGCCUUUGAGCGGUACGGAGACGAGGAGGCGCUGCAGAAGGACCCCAUCGACCACCUCUUCCGGCUGUAUGUUCGAAUCAACUCCGAGAAGGAAGACCAGAACAAGGCUAUUGAGGAGCAAAAGAAGGAGGGCAAGGACGUCUCCGAGCUCGAGGCCAACUCCCUUGACGAGCAAGCUCGACGAUACUUCAAGAAGAUGACCGACCGUGACGAGGCUGCGCUGGCGCUGUGGAAGAGAUUCAGGGACAUCAGCAUUGUUCGAUACCAGGCCACCUAUGCCCGCCUCAACAUCAAGUACGACCGCUACAGUGGCGAGAGCCAAGUUCCUGAGGAGGCGAUGGACAAGACGUCGAAGCUCAUGGCCGAGAAAGGCGUAUCCAAGGAAGACAAUGGCGCCGUGAUCGUUCAUUUCCCCUCGAUCGUACCUGGCAAAGAGGGCAAGCGCCUCGACACGGCUGUUGUCAGGAAGCGCGAUGGAACUGCCCUGUACCUUACUCGAGAUAUCAGCGAGCUUCUGGGCCGCUACGAGGAGUACAAGUUCGACAAGAUGAUCUAUGUCGUUGCCAGUGCGCAGGAGCUCCACCUGCGACAGCUCUUCAAGAUCAUCGAGCUGGUCGGCCACAAGGACAUCGCCGACAGGUGCCAGCACAUCAGCUUCGGUCUGGUCUUGGGCAUGAGCACGCGAAAGGGCACGGUCAAGUUCCUGGAUGAUAUCCUGAGAGAUGCUGCUGACUUCAUGCACGAGACCAUGAAGAAGAACGAGGACAAGUACGCUCAGGUCGAGAACCCCCAGGCCACGGCCGACAUCCUGGGCAUCAGCAGCGUCAUGGUCCAGGACAUGAGGGGCAAGCGCAUCAACAACUACACGUUCAACAUGGAGGCCAUGACGUCCUUUGAGGGCGACACGGGCCCGUACCUGCAGUACGCCCACACCCGUAUCUGCUCGAUCAAGCGAAAGGCCGGCCUGACCGAGGAGGACCUGGCGAGCGCCGACCUGUCGCUGCUGACGGAGGAGCACGCCCUCAACGUCCUGCGAUACCUGUCGCAGUGGCCCGACGUCCUCCAGAACACGCUCAAGACGCUCGAGCCCACCACGGUGCUGACCUACCUGUUCAGGCUGACGCACGUCGUCAGCAGCAGUUACGACCACCUGCGCAUCGUGGGCAGCGAGAAGGAGCUGAUGAAGGCUCGCCUGGCGCUCUACGACGCCGCGCGGAUCGUCCUGUCGAACGGCAUGCGCCUGCUCGGCUUGACGCCUGUUGAGAGGUAA